AUGGGAUACAGCCGGCGACGACCACGAAAGGCGUGGGUAGAAAAGACACCCAGGGAACUUGUGGAGGGACUUGAAGAGCUCAAGCGAGAUGUCAAGCGGUCCAAGUUCUACGACUUCUUCCAAACCCAUCUCCAACAGACUCUAGAGAAACACAGCACCAAGGAGUUUGCAGAUAUCCAAUGUCUGGCAUUGGGCAAGCCUGCAGAGGACGAAGGAGUGCGAUACCAGCUGGUAUUGUUGCUUUUGCUGGCCGAAGAGCUCAAGAUCCCUCUGGACAAGGUAGUCUGUACAGAACCUAUGUUCACGGCUCGAGAUGAGGAAAUGCUCAAGCUGUUAGGAAUGAAGACCGUGACAGGGAUGUGGGAUCCUGAUUUCAGAACGAAGGAUGUAGAGGAGGAAACAAAAUCUGUGAAAUCAGAUACACAAAAGGCUGACAUGGAAGACACAACAGACAUAGCCGCAGAAUCUGGUGACAUCGAAGAUCUGACCAAAAGCAUUUCCGAGGUGAAACUUCAGCCGACAGAGUCUUUCAUCUACGCACCUCAUGCACCUGUGAACGUCAAUGAACUGCUCUUCAUCAAUGCAGACUUCAUUGUGGCCAACUAUCUCGGAUCCUAUGACACUCGGUUUGGAGAUGACGAGUUCAAGCAGAAGUACCCUGCUCUGAGCACGAUACUACAGUCUGAAAAAGACCUGAAGUGUGAGUGGGAGAUGAUCGAGAUUCCUGAUAAACUGUCCAAGGGCGAAGCUUGGGCUGUGGCGUACAAUGGAUUUGGUAUUCAUCGAAAGGAGAGAAAGGCAGCUGCAGCGGAGGAGAGGGAAGAGAAGGAAAAGACGCUGAAGGAGUAA